CAAACAAGUCGGUUGUUUUCUUUCGCUGGUUGAGGUGUAAAUUCCUCUCGCGCAUGGUUGUUUUUGUUGUUUGCGUGGCGUUGUGUUUAUAACAAUAACAACAAGUGAUUAUUAUAACUUAAAGACAAAUUGUUUUCAAGUGGCUAAGCAUAUGGCUAAAACAUAAGGAUUAAACCCCUUUCCUUGGCCUGAAAUACGAUACUUCUUUGGCUCCUUCGUGGCACUUAAUUUUCGGUUAUUAUUUUGGCCAACUCCCAGUGCUUCCAAAAUGGUUCGAUGGAGCGCGCGGUCGCGGCGUCAAGCUCGCCAGGAUAAAGUAGAGCUCUUGGCCAGCAACAACAAAAUGAAUGGCGAGGACGAUACGUCCGAUAACGCCGCCUUCCGCAACUCGACGGACCUCUCCGACCACGACGAGAUCUUCCUCAAGGGUCUGUUGCGUAGCAAUCCCAAUACGCCCCACAAGGAACUGAUGCUGAAUCCGACCGAGCCGCAGCCAGUGCCAUUAUUCCUGCCCGCUCAUCUGAAUAACAAGCCGAUCUGCGACGAUAUUAUCCGCAAGUUCUCACCCUCGAGGCGUCUGGAGUCGCGAGAGCUCGCCAAGCUUCUCGCCCAGCCACAUUUUCGUGCCCUUCUGCGCGCCCAUGAUGAAAUAGGAGCGCUCUACGAGCAACGACUGAAAGCUGCCGGUGGAUCCACCACCCAAUUAGAGAUCGCCAGCCAACGCCAAUCGGGUGGCUACCUGUUCACCGAGGACAUUCUCAGCACCAAGAUGCCAGUGGAGACCAUCAAGAUGGUGGGUCUGCGCCGAGAUCCCAGCAAACCCCUUGGCCUGACCGUGGAACUGGAUGAAUUCAAGCAACUGGUAGUGGCCAGAAUUCUGGCAGGCGGAGUGAUCGACAAACAGAGCAUGUUGCAUGUGGGCGAUGUCAUUCUGGAGGUCAAUGGCACUCCAGUUCGUACGCCCGAUGAGCUGCAAGUGGAGGUAUCGCGGGCCAAGGAGAAUCUCACUUUGAAGAUCGGACCCAAUGUGGAUGAGGAGAUCAAGAGCGGUCGCUAUACUGUGAGUGGGGGUCAGGUAAAACAGAAUGGCAUCGCGGGUCUCGAGACGGGCAAGAAACUAACGUGCUAUAUGCGAGCGCUUUUCACAUACACGCCCUCGGAGGAUUCUUUGCUGCCAUGCAGGGACAUUGGAUUGCCCUUUAAAUCAGGGGAUAUUUUGCAGAUCAUCAAUGUCAAAGACCCCAACUGGUGGCAGGCGAAGAACAUCACUGCCGAGUCCGAAAAAAUUGGUCUUAUACCAUCCCAAGAAUUGGAGGAGAGACGCAAAGCUUUUGUGGCUCCCGAGGCGGAUUAUGUUCACAAAAUUGGCAUUUGUGGAACAAGGAUCUCGAAGCGAAAGCGAAAGACCAUGUACCGAUCGGUGGCCAAUUGUGAGUUCGACAAGGCGGAACUGCUGCUUUAUGAGGAGGUCACGCGGAUGCCUCCGUUCCGCAGGAAAACCUUGGUUCUCAUUGGUGUUUCCGGAGUGGGAAGACGUACGCUAAAGAAUCGUCUUAUUAACAGCGAUGUGGACAAAUUUGGAGCAGUUAUUCCUCAUACCAGUCGUCCCAAGCGCGCCUUGGAGGAGAAUGGAACGAGCUAUUGGUUCAUGGAUCGCGAGGAGAUGGAUGAGGCCGUUAGGAAUAACGAAUUCUUGGAGUAUGGCGAGCACAAUGGCAAUCUGUAUGGCACCCAUUUGCAGUCCAUCAAGGAUGUGAUCAAUAGUGGACGCAUGUGCAUCCUGGAUUGUGCACCAAAUGCUCUGAAGAUCCUGCAUAACAGCCAGGAACUGAUGCCAUUCGUUAUCUUUGUGGCAGCACCGGGCAUGGAACAGCUCAAGACCAUCUAUGCGGAUCGCAGGGCCACGGGCUCCAAUAGAAAUCUAUCCUUUGAUCGUCAGAGUUCCAUUCGAUUCAGCUCCAGACGCGCCCGUACGCUCGAGUCCCUAGCAUCGUUGUAUGAGGAUGACGAUCUGGUAGCCACCGUUGAGGAGAGCAGCUUUGUUCAGCGGAAAUACGAGAAAUACUUCGACAUGGUUAUAGUGAACGAGGACUUUGAUGAGACGUUCCGUCAGGUGGUGGAAACUCUGGAUCAGAUGAGCCACGAGGAGCAGUGGGUGCCUGUCAACUGGAUCUACUAAAAAUGAAACGCUAACCAUCAUAAGCUAUUUGCAAUUUCGCCUUCUUGCAUAUGCAGAAAAUAUAUACAACAGAUACCUAUUGCCUAUCAUCACAAUAAAAGGGAUUGUUCCAGUAAUUGAAGCUUCAAAUCGCGGUAGCCCACUACAAAUCUUUAUAAAAAAAGCACUAAAAUACCAUUUUCAAUACUAGUUCUUAUUGAUAAAAUAUUUAUAUCUGUUGUUUCUCAAAUCAAUUACUGUUAUCAGUCUCUUUAAAUAUCAAUUAUGUAUAUAUGCAAUUUUUUGUAUAAUUUGAAAUGCGCCCUCCGUUUACAAUUCAGUUUUCCUUAAGUCUAAGCCUAAUUUUACGAAACGAAUUCGUCCAUUUUGCAAUCUCUUAUUGUUUUAUUUAUACGAACAUAAAUGAUUUAUGUUGAUACAUAUCUCCUCGGUUUAUAAUUUUAACGAAUCUCCUCAGUACAACAAUCCUUUCUGCCAAUAUUUCUUGUAGUUUUUAGACUUGUUUGAAUAAAAUGUAUAAGUUUAACGAACUAGUUGAAUAUUGAUGUGGAGUAAAAUAAAUAAAAUACGAAUAAAUUUGGCUCAAAGAAAA